AUCUGUCCCUCGACGCCUCCUGCAACGCCAGCCCCUGAAGUGUGAUGCGAACGUGGGUCCUACUCUCCGCGGUUCUCUGGUGCCUCACAGGAGUCCGAUGCCCGCGUUCUACGUUAUUCAAUACGAAGGGCUUCAUUUAUGGCAAGACAGGACAGCCAGGCAAAAUAUAUGUAAAGUUACAUCAAAAUAGCCCAGUCCUUAUCUGUAUGGAUUUUAAGCUUUCUAAAAAAGAAAUAGUGGACCCCACCUACUUAUGGAUUGGGCCUAAUGAAAAGACGUUAACAGGAAAUAAUAGAAUAAAUAUAACUAAAACUGGACAGCUGAUGGUGAAAGAUUUUUUGGAGCCUUUGUCUGGACUUUACACAUGUACUCUUUCUUAUAAGACUGUUAAAGCAGAAACCCAAGAAGAAAAGACAGUCAAAAAGAGAUAUGACUUUAUGGUCUUUGCCUAUCGGGAACCUGAUUAUUCAUAUCAGAUGGCUGUACGUUUUACCACAAAGUCUUGCAUAGGGAGAUACAAUGAUGUGUUCUUUAGAGUGCUGAAGAAAAUCUUGGAUAAUCUAAUGUCUGAUUUGUCAUGCCAUGUCAUAGAGCCAUCAUAUAAAUGCCAUUCUGUUGAAAUUCCAGAACAUGGCCUCAUACAUGAGCUAUUUAUAGCAUUUCAAGUUAAUCCUUUUGCACCAGGGUGGAAAGGUGCUUGCAAUGGAUCUGUUGACUGUGAAGAUAUCACUAAUCGUAAUAUCCUCCAGGCAAGAGAUCGAAUAGAAGAAUUUUUCUGGAGCCAAGCAUAUAUUUUCUACCAUAACUUUAAUAAAACUCUACCAGCAAUGCAUUUUGUGGACCACAGUUUGCAAGUAGUACGUCUGGAUAGCUGUCGACCAGGCUUUGGAAAAGAUGAAAGUCUACACAGUAAUUGCGCUAGCUGUUGUGUGGUUUGUAGUCCUGCGACUUUUAGUCCUGAUGUUGAUGUAACUUGUCAGACCUGCGUUUCUGUCCUUAUCUACGGAGCUAAAUCUUGCCCAUAAACUUCAAACAAAAAUCAGCCACAUGAAGAUUAGAGGUGAAAGCAUUGUUACUUACUUGUGGAAGUGGGGGACACAAGAUGAUUUUCACAUCCCAGAGCAUCACAGAUAAUUCCAUUAAGUAAAAUCACUAAGACCA